AUGUCCUCCCGAACGAAAGAUGAGCGGCUAGAAAGUCUCCUGGCUCAAGCAGAUGAAGCCUCGGCCGGCAAUGAAUUGGCCAAGGCCGCCACCAUCUUGCGAGAGGCUGUGCAGCUCGAUGCCGAGAAUCCAGAGGUAAAGAAGCGAUGGCUGAGACUUGCUCAACAGCAAGACAGUAAUACCGGAGACCUCGAUGCGUUGCGGAAGUAUCUCGCUUCUGGACGGGACGAAGAUGCCAAGACUGCUUUCCAGAAUCUGCGAUCGAAGCUGCUGACUGGGCAUGAUGCACAUGAUGCCUUCCAGCUACUCACGAGCAGCUCGGAAUGUACGAAAGGAGAUGGGAGUAACGCCACAGAAUGGCAAACCCGUAUCGACGACUUGACCUCGAUCCUACUAGACCGCAAUGUCGAAGUAAGGAAAAUCGUGGUAGCAAAAUUUAUCGCCACGCCCACGGACAUCUUCAGCCAACUCUACGGCAUCGGCGACGGAGCCUUCAAGGCCGUCCUUCCAAUAGUCCUCGACAAAUCACUAUGGCCGGACUCUUCGAAGCAGAUUGCUGCUCAGCAAGAUAUCUUCCGCCUCUGCUCCGCUACCCUGAUCGAAGCCGGCAUCGAACGACCGGAACGUGCAAUGCGAGCUAUUACACGCCUACUCGCCGUCGCACCAGAGAACGUAGCAUCCCUCCUUGACCAAGACGAGAUAGACAUCUUGCUUACUGAUCUCGAUAUCAGGCUCGAUCAAGCUUUGCGCCGUCAAGCUAUGCUCGCUACGUCGAAGAUGCUGGAAGUCACAAAGGAAAAGGGAGAGGAGUUCUUUGCUACUUUCGUUACGCGGAAAGUGGCGGGACAGACCAAUGUUGAUCUUAUCCUGGCCUUCUCUGCCGCAGCAGCGGUGUUCCCGAUCCUCCCUGCUGUUGCCGCGAAGCUGUUCUUAACAGACGGGUUUGUGCAGCAACUCGUGCCGAACCUCGAGAAGAAUAGUGAAGAGGCAGCGCAUGGUCGGCGUAAGAGUCAGACACUUGAGCAAGCUGCUCUUGAGCUCUUGAGCGCCGCAUGCGUUGACAAGGCAUGCCGGGAAGCUAUCAAGCGGUACUGUUCGCACUGGCUGCAAGGACUGUCGGACGAGCGUCAGGGCCAUCACAAAGCUCUUGCUUCCUUGAUCUUAGCUAAGACCAGCGACGACUCGAUCGAGGAUGUCACGACCAAGCUCACUGGGCUGGUGAUACACGGCGAUGAGGAACGAGAUCAAGCUGUCGAGGGUCUGGCAUAUACCUCCAUGCAACCAAAAAUCAAACAGCGCAUUGCGGCAGACACGGCAUUGCUGAAGUCGCUCGUCACUGCACUGAAGGAGCGCAAGACAGCCAUGUUCGGAUGUCUGACUGUCUUCAGCAACAUCACCUCCUACAAAGCCGCCUUAUCCGAAGAGCAGAAGAAAAUGACACAUCUACACGCCUAUGCCAACUCCUCCAAACUCGCCCCCGAUGAUCCCUUGGACGAUGAGAAGUACGUUACGGCCCGGUGCAAGAAACUGCUUGAAGCGAAUGCUGUCUCAGCACUUGUGGCAUCGUGCCAGCAGACCACCUCACCAAGCAAUAUAGCGCUGGUCGUCAUGAUACUGCUUCCUUUAGCUAAGGAUCAGAAACACCGUCCCAAAAUGGCUCAGCAAGGCGCUGUGAAACUGCUCUUGCAAAUCCGAGACCGUACGAACAAGACAGAUAAAUCCACCUCCGAAGCCGCAACCAUCGAGAAAACUGCUUCGCACGCCCUGGCUCGUCUCCUGAUCUCAGUAAAUCCACAGCACGUUUUCUCGUCUGGCUUGCCUGCCUCAUCGGCCGUGGCUGCGCUCACACCGCUCCUCACUCUGGAUCCCGAAAAUGAGACCCGCGAUCUCCUACCCACCUUCGAGGCCCUUCUGGCUCUCACAAAUCUAGCCUCCAUGUCCGACUCGACGGCUCGUGAUCAAGUCAUUCGCACAGCCUUCGCAGCAAUCGAGGACCUACUCUUCUCGAGAAAUACUCUCGUCCAACGCGGUUCGGUGGAGUUAGUAUGUAAUCUGAUGGCUUCACCACACUGUAUUGCUCUCUUUGCCGACGGCUCGCCGGACUCGAAACGCCGGCUUCUGAUCCUGCUCGCUCUGGCGGAUGUAGAGGAUCUGGCUACGAGAAAAGCGGCUGGAGGCGCCUUUGCAGCGCUGACGGAGUGGGAUGUUGCUGUUACGGCUGUGCUGGAUGUUAAGGAGGGAAAGGGUAUCAAGGCUUUGUUGGGAAUGUGUGAGGAUGAGAAUUUGGAGGUGGUGCAUAGGGGAUUGGUAUGUCUUGGGAACUUGGUCUCGGCGCCUGGUGAGGUUGGAGUGAGGGGGAAGAAUGUUGUGAAGGAGGUGGAUGGGGUGGGGAGAGUGAGAGAGGUGUUGAGGGGGGUGAAGGAUAUGCAGGUUCUUGGUGUUGGGGUCGAGGUCUUGAAAGCUUUGGGUUGA